AUGAGCCCAGUCUGGGUCUUUGUCGCUCGCGCGCUUCCCGCGACCUCGACUCGUCCUGAAAACGAAGAGUCGCGAGAGGAAGAGGAAGAUGCCUGCGUGGCGAAAAAGAGAAGAACAGACAGCGCGACGGAAGAACGAUCGACGCUCGAGUUCCUCAUCACCUUCUCGCGAUUUGCUGGCGCCUUCGACGCCGAGGAACAGCGUGCGCAAGAUCACCAUCUUCUACGUCUUCCAGAAAGUGUGAUGGCGCAAGUCCGGCUGGGUACCGUUUCUUCUCGAGACGCGGCUUCUUCCACUAGACCUUGCUGUCACUCUUCUGCCGCUAGCGUCCACACGGACAGCCACGAAUUCCCGAAGCGUCGCAUUCGCUUCCUUGUUGCGCCUCCUUCUUGUUCUUCCUCUUGUUCUUGUUCGUGCUGGCUCUCUUCAAGUGUUCCCUGCCGCCCGCCGUCUCCCUGGCGGGUGAUCUCGCAGCGAAUUGUUUCUUCUCUCUCUGGCCUCCGGCUGCACGACCCUCGAAGAGAGGAGCAAGAGAGUGAAGAAGAGACAAGACGGGAGAGGCUGGUGGAGAAAGAGAUAGCGAAAAUCGACGAGCUCCUUGAACUCGAGCCCUCGUGCAAACUGGCGAUUGAAGCAAAGUGGCAUCUGCUGAGAACCUUUAAGCCACGGACUUCUCUCGGCGAACAGGCGACUCUCUGCCGCGCGAUGGCCCUUGUAGACCCUCGCCACAAACGCCUCCACGACGCUCGCCUUCUCCUCCUGGAAGUCCAACGGAAGGUUCUCUCUGGGGGUUUCUUCGAAAACCAGGCGUGUCAUCGCCUCAAGAGCGACGCGCGCUCGGCGGCUUCGGCUCUCAGAGCGACUUCUUCCGACUCGGAAAAGGCCGAGAAACAGAGAGAGGGAGGAGAGGCAAAGGAUCCAGAAGAGCGAGGAGAAGACAGCGGGCCUUGUGAGGAGCAUCGAUGUGCUCUCGACCUCAGUGCGAUGGGGUUAGAGCGCCUGCCGUAUCCUCUUCUCGCGGAUAUCGGAAGUAGACUGGAUGUGCUGAACUUAAGUGGGAACCUCGUGGCUGAUCUCUUCUGGGCACACAGCCACAUCCCCUUCUUGCCGUAUCUCCGAGUUCUCAACCUCAGAGAGAACAAGAAAAUCACGCUUCUCUGCCCCGUUCUGCUGGCGAUUGCCGACCUUCCGCGCCUCGAACACGGCGCCAGUUUGGACAUUUCUGCGACGCCUCUUGCGGCGAGCGUGGCGCCUGGCGAGGUUUUGUGGAGUCUCUUUCGCGUGGAAAAACAGAGAAUUGACGCAGACGGCAGAGAGGAAGAAAAGACUCUUCUUCUUUCUGUCUGA